AUGUCCUUCCAGUCACCUGUGCCUAGUCGGGAGUUUUUGUGGGACAUCUUUAGAAGAGUUGAUAAAGAUCGUAGUGGAUACAUUUCAGCGGAUGAAUUACAACAAGCACUGUCUAAUGGAACAUGGAAUCCCUUUAAUCCAGAAACGGUCAGACUUAUGAUUGGAAUGUUUGACAAGCAGAAUAGGGGAGUUAUAUCAUUUGAAGAUUUCGGAGCCUUGUGGAAAUAUGUCACAGAUUGGCAGAACUGCUUUCGAUCGUUUGACAGAGAUAACUCUGGAAAUAUCGAUAAGCAUGAAUUAAAAAAUGCCCUUACAGCAUUUGGAUACAGAUUAUCCGAUGAAGUGGUAUCCAUUAUGUUGCAAAAGUUCGACAGGUUCGGUCGCGGUACCAUUUUGUUUGAUGAUUUUAUACAAUGCUGUGUUACAUUAUACACUCUGACCUCUGCAUUCCGAAAUUAUGACACCGAUCAAGAUGGCGUCAUUACCAUCCACUAUGAACAAUUUCUUAAAAUGGUGUUUGGUUUAAAGUGUUGGCCG